UUGCUUAAAAAUUUUGCUUUAGAAGAGGCUUGACUAUCUCUAAGUGAACUCAAGAUGCUUUCUUUCCUUGGCUAGAAUUUUCUUCAGUAAAGUCAUUGUGUUUUAUAAUUUACCUGUAUAGGAUAGGUAGAUUAGAUGGAUACUAUCAAGUAGGAGCUGUUGUUGUGCUCUUCAUAUUAUGGAAACAUGAUUACAUGUAGAUUUCUUCUUCAGUAUAUUGGGUUGAGUAGAUUUUUAACUGUUCAGACAGCUAUUAUCACCUUAAGACUGGAAAUAAAUAUUGUAAUAUAAAUUCCCUAUACAUUCAAGUUUCUAUUGUCAGCAGACAUAAAUCAGUAUUCCUAACUGAAAUUCAACAGAUCUCUGAGAGCCUCCAGUGGCAGAAAACCUGUCCCCUGAGUGUUUACAGAAAAUAACUGAAUAGAAAAACAACUUUUGUGAAAACUCAAUUGUUUUUCUUGUCGAGGUAAAUUGUCUUUUUUUCGAUAUUCUAGAUUUUGCUUCAGAAGUCUGCCAUUACUUGAUACCUAAACAGAUCAAAUUCUGCAAACUCUAUUACACUCAGUGGAAAAAACCUUGAUGUCAGCGGUGAUACCAAUAUGUAGACUAUAGUUAUGGUUUUGAGCUUUUUCUUAAAUUGGGAUAGUUGUGUGUGUAUAUGGAUCUACUUGAUUCUUAAGAUACCAGCUUACCCUGCCUCUCUAAAAUGCUCCUGUUAAAACAAAGAACCUUAUGCUUUAAAGGUUUAUCACACUGGCACACUGUUUUUACCCUGUAGGUUUGAGCCUCACAAAAUGCCCAGAAGAUAUAACCACAUGGAUGGCAACCAUUUCAGAGGGAAAGGACACAACUAUUUUGCAGCAGAAGAAGCUCUGGGUAUUGGACUUUUCAUUUUGGUGCUGGCAAUUUUACUUGCCUUUGGCUGCUGGUAUUACAAAAGACGUAGUGGCUACAGAAGUCUGCGGAGCAAAGGCUCUAGUAUGAGCACAAUACGAAAUGUGGUAGGUGAGGGAGAAAUACUGGACUGCAAAAUGGCUCUGCAGGACUACAGAGAUUUUAAUUCUGUGGUACCUGAUGCUCCACCAGCUUAUGACAAAAUUGCUGCAGAUCCAUCACCACCACCUUAUUCACCAUGACAACAUGAAAUUUGAAAACUUAAGCAUACUGAUUCCAUAUUUUCAUGCUCACUCUUUAUUUCCUGUAUACGCUUAACUUUCUUAAAGCUAAAAUCUUACAAAAGAAAACACAUCUGCACUAGCAGUGGCUGAAAAGUGUUCCCGCUUAAUUUACAGAAGUGGUCAUUGAAAUGCCUUAAUAAACUGAAUGCGCUUUUGUUUUAAGCUUUUCACUUCUUGCAGGCAGAUUAAUUCAUUAUGGUCUGGUCAUCUUGAAUCCUUCAUAGGUCUACAUAGAUGCAUAAUCACACACUAUUCAGUAUCAAUCACAGUAAAAAGUGAUGGCACCUUUGUUUUCA